AUGUCGUUGAUCCCAUACCAGCCUCAAGAGGGCCGCGAGAUUGUGCUACGACAUCGCAAUGCGAUCGUUGUUCGCGAUCCCAGCUCGCAACGCCUAGAGAUUCGCGGCCACCCCGAAUGCCCUACAUGCCACCGUCCGCUGGGGCCAACACCGCCGGAACACUCGUUCGAUCACCCGUUUGACGUUGACCCCGAAUCAUAUGUUGACCCGGGCUACUUUCGGAUGCUUCGCGCAGGACAUGCCGACUCGACCGCACCCGAGCACGCAGCGUCGGGUCUUAUCCGCAGACUAUUCCGCCCUGCGCCAGCGAGCGAGGGUUCAGCAUCUCGGGGUUCGUCCACCGUAGAUGAUGACGCUGAAUUCAUAUCCAGUUCUCCGGGCGUAUCACAAUCCGAGGGAAGCAGAAUCAAGAGAGAAGCGUUUAGUCCAAACUAUUUCAAGACCUUCUUCGUCGAGGAGAAGGUCUUGGGCAAAGGAGGCAAGGGCGUGGUCUUGCUGGUGCGCCACGAGAUUGACGGCUGUCAAUUGGGCCACUUUGCGUGCAAGAGGGUACCAGUUGGCGACGACCAUGACUGGCUUGAGAAAGUCUUGAUAGAGGUUGAGCUCCUUGCCAAGCUGUCGCACGCCAACUUGGUAUCCUAUCGACAUGUCUGGCUGGAGGAUGUCAGACUAACCAUGUUUGGGCCAACCGUUGCAUGCGCAUUCAUUCUCCAGCAAUACUGCAAUGGAGGCGACCUUCACCAGUAUGUCAUUGGAAGCGUGCCUAGGGAGGUCACCAAAGAAGAGCUCAAAGAGCGCAUCCGCCGACGAUCGCGAGGUCAGGUUGACGCUUCGCGAGAUGGCCUGCAUGAGAAGCCCAGGUUAUCAGUGGAAGAGAUUUACUCGCUAUUUAAAGACAUCACAUCUGGUGUUGCCUAUCUGCAUGCAGCAAACUACAUUCAUCGCGAUCUGAAGCCAAGUAACUGCCUCUUGCAUCGAGAAGGCGGCAAGUUGCGGUGUCUCAUCAGCGAUUUCGGCGAAGUCCAGCCGGAGAAUGUAGUGCGAAAGUCGACAGGCACAACGGGCACCAUUUCGUAUUGUGCCCCCGAGGUCAUUCGCGUGGAUGAAACUGGCAAGUACGGAAACUUUACAACAAAGUCGGAUAUUUUCUCUCUCGGAAUGAUUCUCUAUUUCAUGUGCUUUGGCAGGCUUCCCUACCAAGCAGCUAAUGCCGUCCAAGAGGAAUUGGAAGACGUCGAUCAGCUCAGAGCUGAGAUUGCUGAUUGGACUGGUUUCCAGGAUGAGCGACGUGAAAGACCAGAUCUUCCAUCAAAGCUCUACAUGCUCCUCAAGAAGCUGCUUGCUCUGGAUCCAGCCGAGAGACCGAGCGCCAACGAAGUCUUGAAUGCCAUGAAAAGUGAGAGUUACUUUGAUGGGAUUACCAGAGACUAUGUCUCGAGCCCGUCUGUGGCACUGCGAGGCAACCGAGUUCAGAGCUUGGAGUCUCCAGCGGGGUCCAGCACACCAGUACCGGAUUCACGGCGAUACCACUCUCGCAGCCUCAGCGUUCCCCAAAACGACAGCACUGCAUGGCCAGCCUCGGCUCAAGAUGAGGACGCCUUGCAAGAUGGCUCUGUCUUUGAUGAAGCUGUACCAGAAUCCACCAGUGCAAUGGUCAAAUCCAUCAGCCAAAAUGGACACCACAACCACAACAACCAUACUCUCCAGCCAGUUGAGCAACGAAACCCUUCUAUACACACAAAUGGCCAUGCACACUCCGAUGGGCCUCUCCUCCUAGCGCCACCUCCCUCAGAAAUUGCUACAAUACCGCGUGGAGCAGCGCUUCUCUUGAUACGCUUUUGCACCAUUAUAGGCGCCGACCCAGACUCUGUAAAGUAUGUUGGUCGUCUCAGUCUGUUUCUCAUUAAGCUCGCAACCCUAGUUCGCCCAUGCUGGCCAUACAUGGUCAAUCUCGAGGUGAGUGCGCCUCUUGUGCUGCUGGCCGUUCUGGACUUGGGGCUCCCAACCAGCACCAGCACGGCCCGCACUCGACGUCCCAGCCACGGCGAACUCGUAACAAGCCUAUUUCGCCAGACGGGGCUGAAAACGAGGCUUUUGUUUCUUGCAUUGCAUCUGGCGGUAAUCUGGCUGGCCGGCCGCUGGGAAGCCCUUUGUGUAGUUGUUCCCCAUGAUGAGUGGGCUCAAUGGUAGGGAGAAAAAAAAAAGAUAAACAACACAUCACUUUCAUUUGUUUGUAACUGGGAAAGGGAGUAAAAUACCAAAGUGUAG